AUGAGUUCUUUCUUUUUCUUUCUUCUACUAUUUACGUCCUUCUUACCCUGCAAAUCCCAGCAAAACCCACAAAUCCAAGCCUUAACAUCUAUCAAGCAGAACAUCCAUGACCCGCUUGGAGCUUUAACCAGUUGGGAUCCAACAACCCCAUCAGCUCCAUGUGACUGGCGUGGUGUCUUUUGCACAAACAACCGAGUUACUGAACUUCGUCUACCUCGUCUCCAGCUCAGUGGCCAACUCAGUGACCAGUUUGCUUCUUUGACAUCUUUACGUAAAAUCAGUCUUCGUUCAAACUCCUUCAAUGGAACACUGCCUCAUUCUCUUGCAAAAUGCACGCUCUUACGCGCCGUUUUUUUGCAAUACAACUCAUUAUCCGGCAACCUUCCGCCGGAGAUCAGUAACUUGACUAAUCUUCAAGUACUAAACGUGGCGCAAAAUAGGUUUUCUGGAGAGAUUCCUAGAUCUCUGCCUGUGAGUUUGAAGUAUCUUGAUUUAUCAUCAAAUACAUUUUCAGGUUCUAUCCCUCCAAGUGUUGCUAACUUGACGCAGUUGCAGCUUAUUAAUCUGUCUUACAAUCAGUUUUCCGGUUCUAUUCCGGCGAGUUUUGGGCAGCUUCAGAGUCUUGAAUAUUUGUGGCUUGAUUAUAAUGUUUUGGAGGGGACUUUACCUUCUGCCAUUGCCAAUUGUUCUUCGCUUGUGCAUUUCAGUGCUAAUGGUAAUAGUCUUGGAGGUUUGAUUCCGGCAGCAAUAGGCGAGCUUCCGAAAUUGCAAGUUGUUUCGCUUUCGGAAAAUAAGUUUGUUGGGGCUGUUCCGACUUCAAUGUUUUGUAAUGUUUCGUUUUAUCCGCCGUCGUUGCGGAUUGUUCAGUUGGGGUUUAAUGGGUUCAGUGGUGUUGUUGGGCCGGAAUCAGGGGGUUGUUUUAGUGUUCUGCAAGUUUUGGAUCUUCAAGAGAAUCAGAUACGCGGGGUUUUGCCUUUGUGGUUGACACGUGUGGUUACUUUGACAAUGUUGGAUGCUUCGAGCAAUUUGUUUUCUGGUGUGGUUCCGGCGGAGAUUGGGAAUCUGUCGAGGUUGGAGGAGUUGAAGAUGGGUGGUAACGGUUUUAGUGGGGUGGUUCCGGUGGAGAUUAAGCAAUGUAGAUCGCUUCAGGUUCUCGAUCUUCACGGGAAUGAUUUAUCAGGGGAAAUCCCUGAGUUCUUAGGUGAUCUAACAGGGUUGAAGGUGUUAUCUCUUGGUGAAAAUCGGUUUUCGGGCUCGGUUCCUGGGAGUUUUCGGAAUCUUAUAGGGCUAGAGACCUUGAAUUUGGGUGGUAAUGGUUUGAAUGGAAGCUUGCCAGAUGAGGUCAUGGGGUUGAGUAAUUUGACUACGCUGGACCUCAGUGGAAAUGGAUUUUCAGGUGAAAUUCCUGCUAAUAUUGGGAAUUUGAGCAGGCUAAUGUUGCUGAAUCUGAGUGGAAAUGGUUUUUCAGGAAGGAUACCGUUUAAUUUUGGAAAUCUAUUGAGGUUAAGUACUCUUGAUUUGAGCAGACAGAGUUUGUCUGGCGAGUUGCCGUCUGAGCUUGCUGGCUUGCCAAAUCUUCAGGUGAUUGCUUUGCAGGAGAAUAUGUUGUCUGGGGAUGUUCAUGAAGGGUUCAGUAGUUUGUUGGGUUUGCGUUACUUGAACCUCAGUUCCAAUGGCUUCUCCGGUAUGAUUCCGUCAACUUUUGGGUUUCUCAAGUCAUUGGUUGUUCUGUCAUUGUCCAAGAAUCACAUUUCAGGGUUGAUUCCACCACAGCUUGGCAACUGUUCUGAUCUUGAAACUCUUGAGUUGGACUCAAAUUCUUUGACUGGCAAUAUUCCAGGUGAUCUCUCACGCCUUUCGCACUUGAAAAUGCUUGAUUUAGUUAGGAACAAUUUAUCUGGUGAAAUUCCGAAUGAAAUCUCCAAAUGCUCGUCGUUGGACUCAUUAUUGUUGGAUAGCAAUCAUCUUUCAGGCAGCAUACCGGAUUCAUUGUCCAAUUUAUCCAACUUGACAUCUUUGGAUCUCUCUGCUAACAACUUGAGUGGGGAGAUUCCUGCGAGUCUUGCACGAAUCUCUGGCUUGGUAUACUUAAAUGUUUCAAGAAAUAACCUUGAAGGUGAGAUUCCAGUAUUGCUGGGUUCUCGAUUUAACAAUCCAUCAGCAUUUGCCGAUAAUCCGGGGCUAUGUGGAAAGCCAUUGCCUAAAAACUGUGUAGAUGUCGAAGCAAAGGAUCGAAGGAAAAGGUUGAUUCUGUUGAUUGUUAUUGUUGUAAGUGGUGCUUGCAUGUUGGCAUUAUGUUGCUGCUUCUAUACUUACAGCCUCUUGAGGUGGCGCAAGAGACUAAAACAAGGUGCAGCGGGUGAGAAGAAACGGAGCCCGGCAAGGGCUAGCUCAAAUGGAAGUGGUGGUCGUGGCAGCACAGACAAUGGAGGGCCGAAACUUGUUAUGUUUAAUAACAAGAUCACGCUUGCAGAAACAAUUGAAGCAACUAGGCAAUUCGAUGAAGAGAAUGUGCUUAGCAGAACUCGAUAUGGCCUUGUUUUCAAAGCUUGUUAUAAUGAUGGAAUGGUGCUUUCAAUCCGAAGACUCCCUGAUGGAUCGCUAGAUGAAAAUAUGUUCAGGAAAGAAGCUGAAUUUCUGAGCAAAGUGAAGCAUCGAAACCUAACAGUUCUUCGUGGCUACUAUGCUGGAGCACCAGAUAUGAGACUUCUAGUCUAUGACUACAUGCCUAAUGGAAACCUUGCCACUCUCCUCCAAGAAGCAUCACACCAAGAUGGUCAUGUCCUAAACUGGCCAAUGCGUCACUUGAUAGCUCUCGGAAUCGCCCGCGGCAUAGCAUUCCUCCACACAUCCAACAUUGUUCACGGUGAUGUCAAGCCACAAAGCGUCCUCUUUGACGCAGAUUUCGAAGGCCAUCUCUCCGACUUUGGGCUAGACAGAUUAACCAUCGCAACCCCAGCAGAACCUUCAACUUCAGCAACAGUUGGCACGUUGGGUUAUGUAUCACCAGAAGCAGUAUUGACAGGAGAAGUUUCAAAAGAAUCAGAUGUUUACAGCUUUGGCAUAGUAUUACUUGAGCUCCUAACAGGGAAAAGGCCAGUAAUGUUCACACAAGAUGAAGACAUUGUCAAGUGGGUCAAGAAGCAACUACAAAAGGGUCAAAUAACAGAACUUUUAGAGCCUGGUUUGCUUGAACUUGACCCUGAAUCAUCAGAAUGGGAAGAGUUCUUGUUAGGUGUUAAAGUGGGGUUACUUUGCACUGCACCAGACCCUCUUGACAGACCCACAAUGCCUGAUAUUGUUUUCAUGCUUGAGGGUUGCCGUGUUGGCCCUGACAUCCCAUCUUCAGCUGAUCCAACCUCACAGCCAUCUCCUGCUUAA